GGCGUUUCCACAGACAACCAAAAGGUAACCGGUGGCUGAGCCGGCAUUGCAGACUGGCCCUGGAGGGCCGGGACAGUUUCAUUGUUCUCAACUCGCCCCACCAGCCAACUGGCCCCUGAUUGGACAGUCUCCUCAAGGAGGUUGGUCAAGAGGCUCAAGGAUUUAUGAGAAUCUGGGUGAUUUCUAAAAAGGGUGGGAUAAACAAGAAAGAAAAGUGAAGAGCCUUUUUUAAAAAGGAAACCGAAACAAAGAGGGGAAGAGUAUUAAAGACAACUUCUGGCAGGCCAGGCAUUCACAGCUGCUCAACAGCCCAGCGUGACCAGUGGCCACCUCUGCAGUAUCUCCCACAACCUAGUCUUAUUUCAACUGCUGGACAAAUCCCCUGACCCCCUAGCCAGUUGUGAACAUAGGUCCUAAAAGAUGGCGGACAUGCCCAAUGGCAAGCCUUGUUCCUCUCCGAUGGAUCUGUUUAACAGCAUAGCUACGCAAGGGGAGCUUGUGCGGUCCCUCAAAGCUGGAAAGGCACCAAAGGAUGAAAUUGAUUCUGCAGUGAAGAUGUUGCUAUCUUUAAAAAUGAGCUAUAAAGUUGCCACAGGGGAGGAUUACAAAGCUGACUGUCCUCCAAAGAACACAGCACCUGAGAAUAAUCAUGGAUCAGAUGCCACAGAAGUAGAAGAGGAUUUUGUGGACCCAUGGACAGUACAGACAAGCAGUGCAAAAGGCAUCGACUAUGAUAAGCUCAUUGUUCGAUUUGGAAGCAGUAAAAUUGACAAAGAGCUGAUAAACCGAAUAGAGAGAGCCACUGGCCAGAGACCACACCGCUUCCUGCGCAGAGGCAUCUUCUUCUCACACAGAGAUAUGAAUCAGGUUCUUGAUGCCUAUGAAAAUAAGAAGCCAUUUUAUCUCUACACGGGCAGAGGCCCCUCUUCUGAAGCAAUGCACGUAGGUCACCUCAUCCCAUUUAUUUUCACAAAGUGGCUGCAAGAUGUGUUUAAUGUGCCCUUGGUCAUCCAGAUGACGGAUGAUGAGAAGUAUCUCUGGAAGGACCUGACCCUGGACCAGGCCUAUGGCUAUGCCGUGGAGAAUGCCAAGGACAUCAUCGCCUGUGGCUUUGAUAUCAACAAGACUUUCAUAUUUUCUGACCUCGACUACAUGGGGAUGAGCCCAGGCUUCUACAGGAAUGUGGUGAAGAUUCAGAAGCAUGUUACCUUCAACCAAGUGAAAGGGAUUUUCGGUUUCACUGACAGUGACAGCAUUGGGAAGAUCAGUUUUCCUGCCAUCCAGGCUGCUCCCUCCUUCAGCAACUCGUUCCCACAGAUCUUCCAAGACAGGACGGACAUCCAGUGCCUUAUCCCAUGUGCCAUUGACCAGGAUCCUUACUUUAGAAUGACAAGGGACGUUGCCCCUAGGAUCGGCUAUCCUAAACCAGCCCUGCUGCACUCGACCUUCUUCCCCGCCCUACAGGGUGCCCAGACCAAAAUGAGCGCCAGCGACCCCAACUCCUCCAUCUUCCUCAUUGAUACCGCCAAGCAAAUCAAGACCAAGGUCAAUAAACAUGCAUUUUCUGGAGGGAGAGACACCGUUGAGGAACACAGGCAGUUUGGGGGCAACUGUGACGUGGACGUGUCUUUUAUGUACCUGACCUUCUUCCUCGAGGAUGACGACAAGCUAGAGCAGAUCAGGAAGGAUUAUACCAGUGGAGCCAUGCUCACUGGGGAGCUCAAGAAGACGCUCAUAGAGGUUCUGCAGCCCUUGAUAGCUGAGCAUCAGGCCCAGCGCAAGGAGGUCACAGACGAAAUAGUGAAAGAGUUCAUGACUCCCCGGAAGCUGUUCUUCGACUUUCAGUAAUAAUGCUCAUUUUAUAUAUGCAUAUAAAGACAUGUAAUGUAUCCAUAAUCCCAGCCUAAUGCAAGCACCACUAUAGGUAGACUUCUGUCCAAUGGUAAUUACUGGGCCUGGUAUCUAUAAGCCCUAUGUAUGUUCUCAAUACUGUUUCUUCCUGUGAAUUUCAUCACUUCUGUCUCUUGUGGACAAAACACUGGAACCAUUGGGUGUUGGCUAACAUUUUAUGGUCAGAUAGAGAAGCCCAGCUAUGAGUCUUUCCCACAAGGCAACCUCAGGCAACCUCAAGGAGUAGAGCCUGUGGCUGGAAGUCCAUUGGCCAGCCUAUUCUGAUCCACAGAGGACUGACUAUCCAUUUGAAAACAUCCUAGGGUUCCAAAUAUGCUCUUAAAACCUACUCUACAGGCCAGGUGAGGUGGCUCACACCUGUAAUCCUAUCAUUCUGGGAGGCCAAGGUGGGUGGAUUGAGCUCACAAGAUCGAGACCAGCCUGAGCAAGAGCAAGACCCCGUCUCUACUAAAAAUAGAAAAACUGAAGUAGGAGGAUCACUUGAGCCUAAGAGUUGGAGGUUGCUUUGAGCUAGGAUGCCAUAGCACUCUACCCGGGGUGACAGCUUGAGCCUCUGUCUCAAAAAAAAAAAAAAGAAAGAAAGAAAUCACCCAGUUUUAAAGCUGCUUUUAACACUGGACAGUAGACAGAAAAAAAAAAAAAGAAUAGUAGACAGAACUGGGCAACUUUUAUGAAACUGAGUCUUGUGGGUAAAACUUUUCAGUCUACUUACUAAACUCCAGACCAUGCAUGUAUUCCACUCCAGUAAUUAUGCUCUUCUCUUUAACACACUGAUUUUUUGUCUGCCAAAUAAUCCUCAACACUCCAUCCUGCAGAAACCAAUAGUGAAUUCACCCCUGACUGUGUUAGAUGCUAAGGAGAGGUUGUGGCCUUUGCUUUGACACUUCACUGGAGUAGAAGGCAACAGAGAAGUUCCCUGGCCAUGUCCCUAAGCAGUGGAUAUAUUUAGAAAAAAUGUGGCAUCAGCCCUUGAGGUCCUCACCAGUGUCUGUGGGUGGGGCUGUGUAUACUCACAAACCAUGUGUGGGCUUGGAAAAGCAAAGACACAUCUCAGGGAAAGCCCUUGGUUGAGGUAUGUGGGUCUCUUCUUGAUUGCUUUGCCUGUUGUAGUAAAUAAAUUUACUUUGCUCCCGCC